ACCUCACCCAUGGUACACUGUCAGGUCUCAGCUUGCUUUGGUCAUGUAUAGCAAAGAAGGCCCAAGUAGCUAUCUUCGCACGAAGAACCCCUAGCAUGCCAUCUGUGGCGGGCAUCUCACCGUUCCUGAAAGCCUGGAAAGCAGAAAGCUGAUACCACGAAAAUGGCACACGUCGGCUCCACCGGUGCCGUCAUGGUGGAGAACUACAGAGCCUUUCGUCAAGAGAUCCGCGACCGACAGCAGCAGAUGCUGCAAGCCGGACAACCUGCCCAGCAUGAAUCUGAAUCAGACCAAGGGCCGUCUUUGAUUCCUAUUCGCAGCUCACCAUUGUGGAAGAGAUAUUGUGAUCGUGAAUCCAAUGACCCGCAGGCAACCACUGGACCACUUCCAAGUGACACCUGUGCAAGUAGAAAACUUGGCCCCAAUUAUAUCCCCGAGGAAGAAACCAUCAGAAACGACUACUCUCAGCAUUUUGUCGACUCGGGAUGCGGUGUCCUCCCGGCUAGCGCCGUACGCAAUCCAAGCAUCGAAAGCCGCUUCAUCGAGUAUCCAAAACUACGCAAGCUCGUCGAGAUUCAUGGCCAGCUGGUCGAGCUCAUCGCACACCCUCCGACGUACCUCAAAGCUGAUCUACUCCAGUCGCUAGCCCCAGCUACGCGUUUCGACCCUGCAGUCGAUCCUUCCCAUCACUUUCAUCUGAAUCAUCUGCUUCCCAUCAAAUACGAUGUUGUCCUUAUUGAUCCGCCGCUUGAAAGUUAUCAGUGGGAGGCUGCUCCGACCGCCCCAUCUCUGAAUGCGUCGGGUUGUGGGCCGAAACACCUCAAGAGCGCUGGGGCAUUUUGGAGUUGGGAUCAGAUAGCAAACCUACCCGUCCCACAGCUUGUCGCCAAGGAAAGCUUCAUAUUUCUCUGGGUUGGCAGCGGAGCCCGCAAUGGGCUCGAACGCGGGAGAGAACUCUUAUCCCGCUGGGGGUUCCGAAGGUGUGAAGAUAUCUGCUGGCUUGCGAUCGAUCCUGAGACGGAGGCCGAUACCCUCAAAGGAAAUAACUUCCAAAGCUCAACUUCAUCCGGUCUGACGCGCACAGUUCAGCACUGCCUCAUGGGAAUUCGUGGUACCGUGCGCAGGUCAAACGACACCAACUUUGUCCACUGCAACAUCGAUACUGACGUGAUUCUCUGGCCACCCGAGAAAGGCGCGGACCGCCUUAUAUCCAAACCACCAGAACUGUACAAUCUGAUCGAGAAUUUCUGCCUCGGCACACGACGUAUCGAACUUUUCGGACGCAAUCGUAAUCUUCGUCGAGGUUGGCUCACUGUCGGCGCAGAGGUGGGGCCCGGCUUUGCAGGUUGGAGCAAGUCGCAAGGUCAUUUAAGGGCGCAAGCAGUCCCCUAUCAGAAAUCGACAUACGACUCGCACUUCCGUAUCGACCCGCCAGGCUGCGAUCUCAAGGAUCGCCAGAACGUUGUGCCGUUCUCUACCGAAACGGAUGCUCUUCGUCCAAAAAGCCCGAUGCCUCGGGGUGCUGGCAUGAACAGCAUUUCCCUCGUCCGUGGCAACGCGCUUACGCCAGGAAGCAGAGGCAUUUCGCCAAUGCAUUCACCUGGCCUGAAUAGCGAUGUGAACUUGACACCCGAAGCUGAUCUCAAUUCGCCCAAGUCGCGAUUGGGCGGUGCGGGCCUUUCGGGACUUGGCGCCGGAGGACCCAAGACUGUCAGCGUGCAGAGUGGCAGCGAGACGCUCAGUGGCCCGCAGGCUUCUGUUUUGGGGCUGAAAGGUGCGCCAAUUCGAUCUGGGCCUUCUGGGCUGGGGAGGACUGUGCAUUAGAAGUGUUCUGCAACGAAUCUGAGACU